UUUCAAGAUGGAAGAUUUGAAAAUUAAAAAAUCGUUUUUACCGACAUGUGCGUCGAUAAAUUAUCGACUCUUGAAAAUGCAGCAGAGGGCGCCGGUAAAAAUUUAAAAAUUACCUGAAGAGUGUGAAGAAGAAGAUAUCAGAUUUGACUUUGAAAUAAAAUAACAAUCAGUCUGCAAAUGUAACCGUGAGCCGAAGUAAUUACUCUUCCUCUACUCUGAUUAAGUAAAUUCUCAGAGCGAAGAUAAAAGUUUAUAAAUUAAACAGUCGGAGGAAUAUCAGCGACAUGGGAUCGAUGCUUUACUUUUUGGUACUUUUGUCGGCAAUAAAUGCCGUGACAAUGAGCGGAGAUAAAAAUCCAUGCACGAUAAUCACCGAACAGCACAAAGAAGCCUCCAAUUACGAUUGUAUUUUGGCAAAUAAUACUCGAGCAUUAUCCUGCUGGGGCAAUAAUCGAAAUGAUAAUAAUUAUGCAAAUGAACUAGGGAUAAACCCAAAUGACGUCUGGUUAUUAACGAUUUGUAACACAUCGGAAUUAUUAUUCGACGCUAAUAGAAUGUUAACUAAAUUCUACAAUAUUAUUGAGCUGAUCGUAAUCAAUGGUAAUUUGACGAAAAUUACUAGUGCAUUUCCACCAGUAGCUACUCAGCUUAAAAGAAUUCACAUCACUGGGACGAAACUCCGUUAUCUGCCAGACGGCUGCUUUAAAAAUUUACCGGCGCUACGGACUGUAGACUUGAGGAAUAAUUCAUUGACAGUGAUUAAUCCGAGAGUACUGUCUUCGUCGUCGUUGAUACCAACACUCGAUUAUUCUGUUUAUUUAGCCGGAAAUCCUUGGAAAUGCGACGAAAAUAUGUUUUGGAUAAUAAAUGAUGUUAAUUAUUCUUCUCUGAUAAAAAGAGUCGUUGAUAGAGAUAAAUUUCAGUGUUCUGAGCCUUAUGCAAGUCGCUCUCUUAUCGCCGUGAUUAAAAUUCUAACGACUCUAAAACAAGAGUGUCAACAAACUCCGUGCGAGUGUAAACUCGUCUACGUAAUUGGAGGACAUUUGAACCGACGGGAGCAAAAUUUUCAACAGAGAUCACAGCUCAUGGCAUUUAUUACCGUCAAUUGCAGCUAUCUAGGUCUUUCCGAGAUGCCUAAAUUUAUCCCUGAAAAUACAACGAAGCUAUAUCUUAACGGCAACAAAAUCAGUGAUUUAAGUCCGCUUAUAGAGAAUCCCGUUUAUAGACAGGUUCUCGAUCUUUAUUUAGAUGAUAAUUCAAUUGGAUCAAUUGCUCAAUUAGACGGGUCCUAUUGGCUGGAACACUUUCGAUUAUUCAGUUUAAGAGGAAAUAAACUUACAGAUUUACCUACUUACGCUCUGGAAAAUGCUCUGCAUAACAGUGUGACUGCAGUGAGUAUUUUUUUAGGACAAAAUCCUUGGACGUGCGACUGCUUCUUCACUCCUGGCUUUCAGGAUCUGUUAAUUAAAUAUACAAAUAUAUUUAAAGACAUAAAUGACAUUAGAUGUAACUCGACGUCAACUUUAUCUAACAGCGAACAUAACAAAAUUUUAAAUAAACCUAUAAAGGAUUUAACUAGAACGGAAAUAUGUAUAAUAUAUGAUGAAGAAGCUUGGUUGUCAUUCUAUCCGCUUGACGUUAUAAAUGUUAUUUUGGCACUUAUCAUAGUUCUGAUAAUUGUUAAACUUGCUUACGACUACUGGGCUUUUAAGAAGACAGGAAGACUUCCCUGGAUUGUUACUAAAAUUCCAUAAAUAUUUUUUUAUUUUAUUAUUUAUUCUUCUAAAGUUUUGUUCGGACGAUGUUAAGAAUUAAAAACUUGUCACAAACACGUUAUGAAAACUUAACUUUACUUUCAUUUAUGGGUGAGCUAAGUUCAUUUACCCGGUGUAAACUAGUCUUUAUUGGUGUACUGAACGCCAAAAGGUUAAAAGCGUCCUUUUAUAUUAUCUGGGUGCUCAUUAACUUGUACAAUCAAAUUUACUUCCAAUGGUUUCAGGCUUAAUUAUAAACGCCAACCAAUCGCAAAUUAGUACGAAAAUAGACAUAAAAGAGCUUCCUAAACCUUUUUCAAGCCUUUACUAUUCAGUUAACUUUAAAGUAGUCUUUAAUGAGGACGUUAUUAUAGUAACAAGUUGAAAAUUCAGCGCAUUGUCCAAAAAAUCUAACUAUUAUAAAG